GCUCGAGCCUGCUGCACGUACAGAGAAUAGAAUAGGAGUGGCACUUGUUUUCGAAUAGAACGUUGAAACGGCGUUCGUUAUGUCGCACGACGUGAGAUCACGUCUACGUCACGAGUGAAUUUGAAUUACCUCUGGGCGAGAAAUUUUUUCCGCGAGAAGUAGAUUCAACAGGCGAACAACGAAGGUAUAAAUUGUACACCUCCAGCGAUAGAAGACUUUCCACACGAUCUCUUCGACGAGAAACAGAGGCAGGGCGGAGCUGUUGUCGUGCACGUAAUCGUUUCGCUUUAUCUGUUCAUCGCGUUAGCGGUAGUGUGCGACAAAUUUUUCGUUCCCGCUGUGGAAAAAAUAUGUCACGCACUUUCGAUGUCCAAGGACGUGGCGGGUGCAACCUUUAUGGCCGCGGCGACGUCGGCGCCGGAACUGUUCGUAAACGCGAUCGGCACGUUCAUCACCGAAGGUGACAUCGGUGUCGGAACAAUAGUAGGCUCGGCUGUAUUCAAUAUUCUCGCGGUACCGGCUUGCUGCGGUAUUGGUGCUGGAAUGGUAGUUCCUCUGGACUGGUGGCCAGUUAGCAGAGAUUGUCUCGCCUAUGGCGUUACGGUUGCCAUUCUGAUAUGUAUCAUACACGACGAACGAGUAGAAUGGUACGAAGCGUUAACGCUAGUGUUAUUGUACAUCGUAUACAUCGCCGUCAUGUAUUGGGACAAAUCGUUUCAGCGAUGCACGCGAUUCCGUACGCAUAAUGCUGAUCGAUCGUUAUCGGAUGAUCAUCGACACGCGACAGAAGGCAGCACGGAAAUUCACAUGGCAAGAUCCGAUAAAGUACAAACGACCGGCGAACAAGCUGAACAUAUAGAUGUACCAUUACAAAAUGGAGGAACAAAGACUCAGGAAGAGAAUCCCGAGCCUAAUUACGAGUACGAAUUAUUGGUUUGGCCGGCACGGGCUGGAUGGAUAAGAAAAACAGCAUGGAUUUUGACGUGGCCGAUUCAUUUGAUCUUCAUGUGCACCAUCCCGGACUGCGAGAAGCCACGAUUCAAAAAUUGGUUCCCAAUAACGUUCCUUAUGUGCAUCAUUUGGAUUGGAUCGUUGAGCUACGUGGUCGCAUGGAUGAUCACUAUAAUUGGGGACACUUUGAAAAUACCAGAUUCCGUGAUGGGCAUUACUUUUCUGGCUGCUGGUACCAGCGUUCCAGAGGCCGUAUCAAGCGUAAUAGUGGCGAAGCAAGGACACGGCUCGAUGGGUAUUAGCAACUCGAUAGGAUCAAACACUUUCGACAUACUGCUGUGCUUGGGUCUGCCGUGGCUAAUCAAAUCAUCGUUCUCGCCGACGCAACCAGGGAAACAUUAUAUUAGUAUAAAUUCCGGUGGGCUCGAGUACAGUGCCAUAUCGCUGCUGUCGACACUGAUGUUGCUCUACAUUGCUUUCGCUUCGAACAAGUUUCAGCUCGAUAGAAAAGUUGGCCGAGCCUGUUUAUGUAUGUACGCGGUAUUUCUGAUACUAGCCUCGUUGAUAGAAUUAAAUGUAUUCUUCAGGGUGAAUUUACCCACGUGCCAGAGGACGGUCAAGUGAUCGGAAAUCGAAAGUAGAGUUGCUUAACGAUAUUUGAUACGGUGUUUGCCCUGAUCCUCGUACGUUCUCUCUCGAACUUACGAAAAAAAGAAAAA